AGCGCCGACGCGGCCGUCGGCGACGGCGCACAUCGGCGAGCAGACGCGCGACUUCCACCGCGAGUAAACGGCCGCGCACGUCGACGUGUCGCAGCUUAAUACAAGCGCAGCGCGGGGACCGAUUAAUAAAGGAAUUCGUGCCGCGAAGUCGUGUCCACAUCCACUCCGGAGCAGCGGAUUCAGGACGAAAUCGUAAAAGCAUGAAGCGCCUGCUGACCGUCGUCGUCCUCGUGGCUGCCGUCUCGACCGUCGUUGAGGCGGAAACAUUCAAGGUCACGGACACCGUAUACUUCGACAUCAUGAUCGACAACCAUCCAGUCGGGAGAAUCGUUAUCGGCCUGUUCGGUGAGAUCGCUCCGAAAACGGUGAAGAACUUCAUCACCCUCGCCACCACCGGCGUGGCUGGGAAGAAGUACACCGGCAGCAAGUUCCAUCGCGUGAUAAAGAAGUUCAUGAUUCAAGGCGGUGAUGUCGAGAAUGGCGACGGUACCGGUUCCAUCAGCAUCUACGGCAAGUACUUCGACGACGAGACCUUCGAGGUGAAGCACAGCGGGCCGCUGUUUGUCAGCAUGGCGAACGCCGGCAAGAACACCAACGGCUGCCAAUUCUUCAUCACCACGAUAGCGACACCUUGGUUGGACGACCAUCAUACGAUAUUCGGCAAGGUGGUCAGCGGCGAAGCCGUGGUCUUCAAGAUCGAGCAGACCAAAACGGACAGCGACGACAUUCCGCUCGUCCCCGUGGUGAUCUACGAGAGCGGCAUCCUCCCGACGGAACCGUACAGCAUAUCGGACAACCCUUACGAGUAAUCCAAUCUUCUCGACGCGACCUCAACAUUAGCUCGCACCCUCUGCCCUCUCCCGAACCUUCCCGUAGAUCGCUAAGGUCCUCGCGUUAAUUGCGGUCUAGACGCCGGCAAGUUUGCACUUGCGUAACAACCCUGUAGACGCCGCGAGGCGCAACAACAACGGUAAACUAGUUGAGUGAGAAGCUCGCGUGAAAUGCGCUAUAUUUUUACACGCUCCUGAGAGGCUUCGCUCUUCACGCGGUCGCAUUCCUUCGAUAACGUGUGACGUUCAACGACGAUCUACGCUCUUGAUGUAUCAUCAUCCCAGCAAACACAACGCUUCUCGCGGACGCGUUGUACAAAACAGUCGCAUUGUUGAGUAGGAAGUCACAACUAACAGGUACAUGUUACAUAUUACAUGUUUGCUUGAUGAUUGAUGGUGAUCAACAUCUGCCUAUCCGGCGCGACCGCUCGAACGGGAAGACGAGAGAUCGCUGUGGACGGCCAUAUGUAAAAGUAGACUUUGAACUCGCGAUGGCGCUCGCACGCUACAUGUAUUUGGAAAUAUAUUCUUCGACGCACAUUA